AUGCUGCGCUUUGCCGCGCUCCAGAAGGGGCGUCACUUCAAGGUCUCCCACAUGAACUGGGAAACCUUCUUCCGCAUCCUGGUACACGAGGAAGAUGACAUGUCGCUUGCAAGCCACGAUAUGAUCAUCGGGCCAGCUGAUUACUCUCUGAAGGAUUCGGCAUAUGGCCUUAAGAAGCAUAAUAUCAAGGGCUAUCGAAAAGCAACACCGACGAGCUGCUGCGCUCGGGGAACAAAGUGA